AUGAAUGAAUUAACAAAAAUUCCUGAAUCAAUUUUUUCUCUCAAAAACCUUCGAAAAUUGGAUCUCAGUUUUAACAAAUUAACAAAAUUAGAUUUUGUCGAAGGAACAUGGCCAAAUUUGGAUACUUUUAAUUUGUCUGGAAAUGAUUUGGAAGCUUUACCUUCACAAAUAAUUGCUUGUGUUAAAUUACAGAGAUUAUAUGCAACAUAUAAUAAAUUAAAUUUUGAAGGUCUACCCGCCGGUUUUGGUAAAUUAAUGCAACUUCAAGUAUUAUUUUUAUCUCACAACAAUUUGGAAUUAAUUCCUGAAGGUGUUGGAAGGUGUGUAAAAUUGCGAAAACUUAAAUUGGAUAAUAACCGUUUAAUAACUCUACCUGAAGGAAUUCAUUUACUUCCAGAUUUGAAAGAAUUGGAUCUUCGAAAUAAUCCAGACCUUGUAAUGCCACCUAAACCAAGUGAUAAACAAAAAGCUUUGGCUUUCUACAAUAUUGACUUUUCAUUACAAAAUCAGUUGAGAAUUGCUGGGCAAACAACAACUUCAGCUACCACCCUUUCUGAAAAAGAUAUUAGUAGUGGUGGGGGACCAAAAGAUGCUGCUCAAAGAAAAAAGGAAUUUAUAAGGAGAAGAAGGCAUCAAGCAGAUCAGGAUAGUGCUUCUAAAGUUAUUCAGGGAAUGUCUAAAGUAGCGAAAGAUGCAUUUGACAAAGGCCAAUCUAUUGAAUUAAAUGAUGAAAAUGAUGCUUCUGCACUUGGUCAGAUUAGUUGGAAGGAAAAAUUGGCAAAACAAAAGCCUCGCCUCGAUUAUUCAGACGUUUUUGAUGAUGAAAUUGGUUCCUGUGAUAAUUUGUGGAUGUGGGAAAUUGAAAAUUUUUAUUCGGCAUUAAUUGAUCCUCGAGAACAUGGACAAUUUUAUGAAGCUGAUAGUUAUUUAAUUUUGAAAACAACACGUGAACCCAGUGGAAGUUUAACUCAUGCAAUAUAUUAUUGGAUUGGGGAAAAGACGAGUUUGGACAAGGUUUUUUUAUUUUUUUUGAUGGAGGGGGGAGGGGGGGUGGAGGGUAAAAAAUACUUGGAAAUGUUUGAAGGUUCAAAAAAAGGCAUAUCUAAAACCGGGUUCGGUCAGUUUAUCCGAUACCCAAACCUGGGACCCGAAACUUGGUCCGAUGAGAAUUUAAAAAUCCCUACUUAUCCCUGA